AUGUUUCGCAUUCAUUUCAGACUUGCUCCCAAGAGCGUUCGCACCUUCUCACAGCCCGUCCCGCUGCGGCCGGUGACCUUCACCGAAGACGCUAUCUUCCGACAGAAGUCGCUGUGGUGGUUGCUGCGUGCCCUUUUCGUGCUGCGGGUGUGCCGUAUUGAGUAUCUCUCAAAGAACUCCGUGAUGCUGAUGAAACGCGCGGAGUCAAUUGUCGGGCCGUUCCUCGCGUACAAUACGGUGGUGAAGGCGACCGUUUUUAGCCACUUCUGCGCCGGCGAGGACGAGCGCGAGCUUAAGUACACCGUCAGGGCACUUGAGCAGCAGGGCAUCGGUUCCGUCCUUGACUACGCUGCAGAGGCGGACGCGGAGGGCUUCGCGCCAGCGCCCGGCCAGGAGGUGGCACCCGACCUCUCCAUGGCGAGUCUCGUCGAGAACACUUCGGUGACGUACUUCCCGCACGAGCGCCUCUACGAUGAGAACAUGAAGCUGUACGUCAUGUGCGUUAUGCACGCGUCGCUUAACCAACCAGUUAACGGGGUUGGCCUCGCGGCGGUGAAGGUAACAGGCAUGUGUGACCCGCAGCUGCUCGCCCGUGUGUCGGCCAUCCUCCACUCUGUGCACCUGAACUGGGUGCAGUAUUUUGCCUGUGAGCAGGCACCACCGAUCGAGGAGUGCCGGGUCGUGAUGGGGGCGCAAGAGAAGCACCAGCGCUACCUCACCUGGGAUCAGGUGCGCAGGGGCUUUACAACGCUGGGCUCCGAAUGCAUAUACACUGAGGAAGAGGUGAACGCCGUUAUAAAGGCGCUCGACCCCACCAACGAGGGAAGAGUGGACUACUACACCUUCAAGAAGGUUGUGACGCAGGCCGUUCUUGCCGUAGAUCCGACGCCACUGCAGAAACUCAUCACGGCGAAGCUCCCGCUUCUCACGGAUGAGGAGCGGGAAUUGUGGCGGGCGCUUCAAAACCGCCUGUCAGUGAUCGUGCGAACUGCAAAGGACUUGCACGUUCGCGUUCUGUUCGAUGCCGAACAAACGUUUUACCAGCUUGCCAUUGAUAGCAUUGUGCUGCAGUUUCAGCGCCAGUUCAACGUGGAGGAGCCGAUUGUGUACGGCACAUACCAGUGCUACCUGACGUACGCCGAGGACCGCAUCUUCAACGACCUGACCCGCGCCGAACAGGAAGGAUGGGUCUGGGGCGGGAAGAUUGUGCGCGGGGCAUACAUGCAUCAGGAACGACAGACGGCCUCCAAGUACCGAUACACAAGCCCUGUGUGGCCGACGUACGAGGACACCAACAAGUGCUAUCAGGCGUGUGCGGCGCGCAUCUUGAAGGAGUUCGUCCGCCAACCCAAUAAGCCGUUUGAGGUGCUGUUUGGCACACACAACAAGACAUCUAUUGAGGAGAUAUCCACCAGCGUCCUGAACCUUCCGCCGGUGAAGGGUGUCGCCGUGUUCGCGCAGCUGUACGGCAUGGCAGACCACCUGACAAUACCACUGAAAAACGCCGGGUUCCGCGUGUUCAAGUAUGUUCCUUACGGUCCCGUGAAGGAGACCAUCCAUUACUUGGGCAGGCGGGCCAUGGAGAACGCUUCUAUCCUCACUGGAGGGGGCACAGAGGAGGUGCAGCUGAUGAAAAAGGAGUUGCGCCGACGUGUGUUUUGGUUCACAAAGUCGUGA